UUAGGUGACCAAGCCUCCGACACGGCGAAUGGCAGCCUGAACAGUUUAGAUACUGGUCUCGGCCUUGGUGUUAGCGGAAUCAACCGAUUACCCGUUUUCCUAUCUCCACCUUCCUCUGCAAUGGCCACAGCUACCUCACUGAGUUUCGGCACCAGCACCAGUCGGUCUUUAGGCGGCGCCAUGUCCGUACCAUUGAUGCCGGUAGACAGCAUGGCUACGCUUUCAGUGACCCAGAAAGAGCCAACAUCUGUAACAGGUCAUAUUUCCGCG